CCGCCCGGAGCGAUGAGCGGGGAGGCGAGCGAGGGCAUCACUUUCUCCGUGCCACCCUUCGGCCCCUUGGGCUUGUGCACCUUCGCCGAGGGCAGCGGCAGCCGGAGGGGAGGAGCGGCGGCGGCGACCGUGACCGCGGAGGGCGAAGAGCAGCAGCUGGCACCGCCGCCGCCGGGCAGCUUCUGGAACGUGGAGAACGCCGCCGGCCCUGGCACCAGCUGUCCAGCUGCCAGCUCCGCGGGCAGCGCCAUUCGGAGCCGGGGCAACUCUGGUGGCGGGGGUGGCCGACGCACCACCGUGGCAUAUGUGAUCAACGAAGCGAGCCAGGGGCAGCUGGUGGUGGCCGAGAGCGAGGCCCUGCAGAGCCUGCGGGAGGCGUGCGAGGCCGUGGGCGCCGCGCUGGAGACCCUGCAUUUCGGGAAACUGGACUUCGGGGAAACCACGGUGCUGGACCGCUUUUACAACGCAGACAUUGCUGUGGUGGAGAUGAGCGACGCCUUCCGGCAGCCCUCCCUCUUCUACCAUCUGGGCGUGAGAGAAAGCUUCAGCAUGGCCAACAACAUCAUCCUCUACUGUGAUACUAACUCAGACUCCCUGCAGUCCCUGAAGGAACUCAUUUGCCAAAAGAAUACUAUGUGCACUGGGAACUACACCUUCGUUUCGUACAUGAUCACUCCACACAACAAGGUCUACUGCUGUGACAGCAGCUUCAUGAAGGGGCUGACGGAGCUCAUGCAACCCAACUUUGAGCUGCUGCUGGGACCCAUCUGCUUGCCCCUCGUGGAUCGCUUCAUUCAGCUUUUGAAGGUGGCACAAGCAACUUCUAGCCAGUAUUUCCGAGAGUCUGUCCUCAACGACAUCAGGAAGGCUCGGAACCUGUAUACCGGCAAAGAGCUGGCCGCGGAACUGGCAAGGAUUCGGCAGCGUGUGGAUAACAUCGAACUCCUGACAGCAGAUAUCGUCAUCAAUCUGCUGCUUUCCUACAGAGACAUCCAGGAUUAUGACUCUAUUGUGAAGCUGGUGGAGACACUAGAAAAACUACCAACCUUUGAUUUGGCCUCCCAUCACCAUGUGAAGUUUCAUUACGCUUUUGCACUGAAUAGGAGAAAUCUCCCUGGAGAUAGAGCAAAAGCUCUUGAUAUCAUGAUCCCCCUGGUGCAGAGUGAAGGACAAGUCGCUUCUGAUAUGUAUUGCCUGGUGGGGCGAAUCUACAAAGAUACGUUUUUGGAUUCUAAUUUCACAGAUACUGAGAGUAGAGACCAUGGAGCCCACUGGUUCAAAAAGGCAUUUGAAUCCGAGCCAACACUACAGUCAGGAAUCAAUUACGCGGUACUCCUCCUGGCAGCCGGGCACCAGUUUGAAUCUUCCUUUGAGCUCCGGAAAGUUGGGGUGAAGCUAAGUACCCUUCUUGGUAAAAAGGGAAACUUGGAAAAACUCCAGAGCUUCUGGGAAGUUGGCUUUUUUCUGGGGGCCAGUGUUCUUGCCAACGACCACAUGAGAGUCAUCCAAGCAUCUGAGAAGCUCUUUAAGCUGAAGACGCCGGCCUGGUACCUCAAGUCGAUUGUGGAGACCAUUUUGAUAUAUAAGCAUUUUGUGAAACUGCCCACAGAGCAGCCUGUGGCCAAGCAGGAACUCGUGGACUUCUGGAUGGAUUUCCUGGUGGAGGCCACCAAGACCGAUGUGACCGUCGUCAGGUUUCCAGUGUUAAUAUUAGAGCCAACCAAGAUCUACCAGCCUUCUUACUUGUCUAUCAACAAUGAAGUCGAGGAAAAGACAAUAUCUAUUUGGCAUGUGCUUCCCGAUGACAAGAAAGGUAUCCACGAGUGGGAUUUCAGUGCUGCUUCUGUCAGGGGAGUGAGUAUUUCUAAAUUUGAAGAGCGAUGCUGUUUCCUUUAUGUGCUUCAUAAUUCUGACGAUUUCCAAAUCUACUUCUGCACAGAGCUUCACUGUAAAAAGUUUUUUGAGAUGGUGAACACCAUCACGGAGGAGAAGGGGAGAGGCACCGAGGAAGGCGAUUGCGAAGGGGACUCCCUGGAGUCUGGCUACCCUGAUAGCUCGCUCACGUUUGAUAUCUGUAUGUCUUCCAGAUACUCCCAGCCACUCCACGAAGAGAUCGCCUUGCAUAAGCAUCUGAAACACAAAAACAUCGUCCAGUAUCUGGGCUCCUUCAGCGAGAACAGCUUCAUUAAAAUCUUCAUGGAGCAGGUCCCUGGAGGGAGUCUUUCUGCUCUCCUUCGGUCCAAAUGGGGCCCAUUGAAAGACAAUGAGCAAACCAUUGGCUUUUAUACAAAGCAAAUACUUGAAGGAUUAAAAUACCUCCAUGACAAUCAGAUAGUUCACCGGGAUAUAAAGGGUGACAAUGUGUUGAUCAACACCUACAGUGGUGUCCUCAAGAUCUCCGACUUCGGAACAUCCAAGAGGCUGGCUGGCAUAAACCCGUGUACUGAGACUUUCACUGGUACCCUCCAGUACAUGGCACCGGAAAUCAUCGACAAGGGGCCAAGAGGCUACGGAAAAGCAGCGGACAUCUGGUCUUUGGGCUGCACCAUUAUUGAAAUGGCCACAGGAAAACCACCGUUUUAUGAGCUCGGAGAACCACAAGCAGCUAUGUUCAAGGUGGGAAUGUUUAAAGUGCACCCGGAGAUUCCUGAGUCCAUGUCUGCAGAGGCCAAGGCAUUCAUACUGAAGUGUUUCGAACCCGAUCCAGACAAGAGAGCCGGUGCUAACGACUUGCUGAUUGAUGAGUUCUUGAAAGUGUCCAGCAAAAAGAAAAAAACACAACCUAAGCUUUCAGCUCUUUCAGCUGGAUCCAAUGAGUACCUCCGGAGCAUCUCCCUGCCGGUCCCCGUGCUGGUCGAGGACACCAGCAGCAGCAGUGAGUACGGCUCGGUCUCCCCCGACACGGAGUUAAAGGUGGACCCCUUCUCUUUCAAAACAAGGCCCAAGUCCUGCGGCGAGAAGGACGCUAAAGGAAUCCGGACGCUCUUUUUGGGCAUUCCAGAUGAAAAUUUCGAAGAUCACAGCGCCCCACCGUCCCCGGAGGAAAAAGAUACCGGAUUCUUCCUGCUGAGGAAGGACAGUGAGAGGAGAGCCACCCUGCACCGGAUCCUAACAGAAGAUCAGGACAAAGUCGUGAGAAACCUCAUGGAAUCGUUAGCUCAGGGGGCGGAAGAGCCUAAGCUAAAGUGGGAGCACAUCACCACCCUCAUCGCCAGCCUCAGAGAAUUUGUGAGGUCCACUGACCGCAAAAUCAUCGCCACCACUCUGUCGAAGCUGAAGCUGGAGCUGGACUUCGACAGCCACGGCAUCAGCCAGGUGCAAGUGGUUCUCUUUGGCUUUCAAGAUGCUGUCAAUAAGGUUCUCCGGAAUCACAACAUCAAGCCCCACUGGAUGUUUGCGUUGGACAGUAUCAUCCGGAAGGCCGUGCAGACAGCCAUCACCAUCCUGGUGCCAGAACUGAGGCCCCAUUUUAGCCUGGCAUCUGAGAGUGACACUGCUGACCAAGAAGACUUAGAGGGAGAAGAGGACCAUGAGGAGCAACCUUCAAACCAAACUGCCCGAAGACCUCAAGUUGUCGUGGAAGACGCUGUGGCUACUUCGGGAGUGAGCACCCUCAGUUCCACGGUGUCCCAGGACUCCCAGAGUGCUCACCGGUCGCUCAACAUACAGCUUGGAAGGAUGAAAAUAGAAACUAAUAGAUUACUGGAAGAAUUGGUUCGGAAAGAGAAAGAACUGCAAGCACUCCUUCAUCAGGCUAUUGAAGAAAAAGACCAAGAAAUUAAACACCUGAAGCUGAAGUCCCAACCAAUAGAUAUUCCUGGGUUACCUGUGUGUCACCUCAAUUCUCCUGGCACAAAUGCUGAACAUUCUAAACUGACUGACUGGCUGAGAGAAAAUGGAGCUGAUGAAGACACUAUAAGCCUGUUUCUGGCUGAAGAUUACACAUUGGUGGAUGUUCUGUACUACGUUACGCGUGAUGAUUUAAAAUGCCUGAGACUAAGAGGGGGGAUGCUGUGCACGCUGUGGAAGGCCAUUGCCGAGUUCCGAGACAAACAGCCUUGACUGCCACUGGACUAUGUCUGGCCUCGGUGGAAAUGCUAAACAUGAAUACAGCACGGAUCUUCUUGCAGAAGGGGGAAAUCCAAGGGAGAGGAGGAAGAAGCUGCACUUUAAAUCCAGUAUUUGUUUACUGAUGUUAGGAAGGAAGAUGUUAGGAGGGAAGGGAAGAAAUAGACAAAACACACUGAAAUUUCCUAAUUGCUUUUAUUUCUGUAAUUCAGAAGGACUCUCUUCAAAGAAUGUUGAGGAUUAUUUUUGUCUAAAUCAUUUUUUUUUUUAACCUGGAAAUCUUAACUCCGCAGCUAUUGCACUUCAGCCCAUGUUUAUUUCACACAAAACAGACAGACCCUUUCAUGUGACUGUGCACCACUGGAACCAAACCAAGAUGUGACCGUGACUUCUGAGCUUCUUGUGUGUCUGUAAUCUGUCCCCGUCUGGAGUAGGAAACGCAGACCGCCAGUGCCUGUAUACAGCUUUCUCUUGCAGUGUGCCAAGUCUGAGCGCAAUGGUUUUUACUGCCCUGUAUUCACUGUAAUAUUGACUGUGUUUUUGUAACGUGCGUUUCUGGCCUGUAGUACAUUCAUGUGAGUCGUCUGUGUUACUACUGAACUGUACCAGUUGCACAUGCCUGAACCAUAGUAAUGUUAGCUUGUUCUAAAGCUAUCCCUUGUGUCAUAGAGACUCUCAAAAGUAAAAAAACCUCGCAGCACGUGGCUGUCGUCCAUGCCAAAGGGUUCUUUUGUCAAGCUCAUUGAACUGGGUGUCAGACGUCUGGUCGUUUCUUCAGCUACGACAUUGAGUACCAUUUUCUACUUAUUCAAAUCACGAAAGAACUACUGACUGCUAAGCGGUUCCGAGAGGCCGCAGAAGGGCUGGAGAGAUGGUGAAUGAGAACACCAGCUAGGAAAAAGCAUGGAAUGAGAGUCAGUGUAUUUCCACAGGGUUCUUUGACUGGUGACUGUAGGCCCCCAAAGGAUUUGUAGAUAGCAGCCUGAUGGAAAACACUGAGUUUUCUAUCUCCUUAAUUAUAGUUCUCAUAUUUGGGGGCUAUUUUUUAUUUUAUUUUAUGAAGAAUAUUAUAUUUUUGCGAGCCUGCCCAUGUGAACUGGAAUGAAGUCAGAAGCUCUUCGAUGGACGAAUAAAAUGAGUACACUUUUUGAAUGUGUUUAUUAUACAAGAUAGAAAUAAUAUAAGCUUACUCGUAUAUCUUGACCCCUAUGUAACACUCUUCAACAAAGCUGGUGUUGUAUUUCUUUGUGAAAAUCAAGGUACGGUAUUAGCUUAUAUUGCAUUAUAGCUUGCAAAACAUU